AUGUUAGCUGGAGGUCGCCCAUCCAAACACCCAAAACUUAUCCACCAUAUCCAUAGCAAAACUGUUGACCAGGUCAACACCAGACAUUGCAACUUCAGCCUGCAGGCAAAUGGAAAUUUCAGUCUCCGGACAUCAUACCUGUCUGCUUCCAGACCUGCAAUAGAAGAGGAGCAAGCGCUAUCUCAACAAGAUAUUGGUGUGGACUCAGACCCUUGGAAUGAGACUCAGUUCAGCCAGGAAAUAGAAGAUCUGCAGUCUCAUUUGGAUGGGCCAACUCAAGCACGGCGCCGGAGAACACCAGGGGAUGAUCCCAUCGCCCUUUGGCUGCCUGAACGAAUCCAUGAAUUGCUUCAGGCACAUCUAUUCCCUGCAACAGCCACUGACCCUAGAACCGCUGCAACAUUUGCGGUCUUGAAGUUCUUUCACCUACUUUCUUUCAAGUCGAAAGUAUCAGCAUAUGAGUUCUAUCAUAGUCUGGCGCGCCAGAGCGACAAUACCGGAAUCACACCAAUACGUGAUCGCUACUCAACAUUUCUUAGGAUCGUGCAUGAGUGGAGAAACCUUCAUUCCUUGAAAUGCGCUGGCCGUGGCCAUGAUCCAGCUGGUGUCAAUGCAACUCAGGAAGGAGAACUCACUCUUCUGUGCCCAGCAUGCCCACACCCUGGAAAAAAUUUACCUGAUGGGUGGGAAGCUUCAAAUCAACAGUGGAUGUAUAGUGUAUCUCUUGCAAUCGAUGCAAAUUUCCAUCUCAAGCACCAAGCCAUCUCCUCCAACACCAAAGAUCCAGGUCUCAGCAGUGGCUGGGGCUAUUUCAUCAAUGAGAAUCAUUACAAGGCCUACAUAGCUAACAGUUCCGCCAUCACACAAGAGAGGAGCACUUGUGUGAGCCAUAAUGCUGUGAACAUGGCAGAUAUGAAAAUUUCAAAGGGACUUGCUGCUACAGGCGUCGGCACUGUUGACUGUGCCUGCCAUGACAUGAAGCUAGCGAAUGGUGUCGGGGACUUGCAGAAAGGUGAAAGAUAUGUAAAUAUGGAUUACCUCGUGUUUUCAGCUUUGUCGACAUUUUUGAGCCUCAAAGUCAUCAACUUCUCUUAUGAUAUCACAUGCCAAUGGCACAAGAAUCUUUGGGGCCGUGUCCCUUCGCUUCCUCUUCGCCUUCAACCAGAUCCUGUUGGCAAGACAUUCCGGUAUUUUGUACCGAAGUUUCAUCUCACAGCACACAUCGAAGCUUGUCAAACAAUGUUCUCACUUAAUUGGUUACCCAGCAUUGGUCAAACAGAUGAAGAAGCCCCCGAGCGUGGCUGGGCAAAUAUCAAUCAUGUUGCUACGAGCACUAAGGAGAUGGGCCUUGGAGCACGUCAAGACACGCUGGACGACCAUUUCGGAGACUGGAAUUGGAAGAAGAUCACAUCCCUAGGUAUUUGUCUGGUCUUCGCUGCUGACAUGGUUGGCUCACAUCUUGUCUUCAGGUCGAGUGUUGUUACGGAAGGUCACCGAAGCCAUCAGAGCGAGCAAGAGCAUUGUAUUGCACUGUCUGAACUUGAAGACUCUAUCCGAGAGUCUGAACUUGAAGACUCUAUCCGAGAGUCUGAACUUGAAGACUCUAUCCGAGAGUCUGAACUUGAAGACUCUGAACUUGAAGACUCUAUCCGAGAGUCUGAACUAGGUGCCUCCUUGCUCACAAAAUGGAGAGAAGAGAUAGAGACUUGGGAGGUUGACCAUACGAAACCUAAUCCUUUUGAGAGACAUGUUGAUACUAUGACACAGGCAGCUGUUCGGCUGGAGCUCACCAAACAAGAUACCAAGGAGUUGGAGGAUGGCACUGCUGUGUCUCUUCACUCUGAGGUAUCUUGCAGUAUCCUCAUCAGCACCGGCAUUGAUCUUGAACAUGCCCAAUGUCGACUACAUGCAGAUGCGGGAUUACUCGACGCUUGGACAAUGAUCCAGACUUUGUACAUGCAAUCAGUCGCGAACCUACGCGCCAACAGGUUGAUUGAUUUGUCGAGUGACAACGACAAUGACAGUGGCUGUCCCAAGCCAAAUCCCAACUCCGGAAAGGCCAAAGACUCGCAACUCCUCCUGCCUUCUGAGAUCUGUGAUCACGUACCAUCUCACAAUGCACUCAACGAGUGUCGCACUCACAUUCGCCUUCGUCAGCAGCUAGUGCAAUUCAAAAAACAUCACAUACACGGUCAGAAUCCCAACACUCGUGCAAGGAAGACACUUGAUGCUGUGGAAGAACGUCUGGUUAUGAGCCAUGCAAAAUACUCAUGUGCACGCAAGGCACUCAUUGCUCUAUCCAAUCACCUUGACCACAUUGGAGACUUUGCAGGGCAAUCACAAGGCAGGACCAUCAUGUCCUGGAUCUGGUUGAUGCACGGAAUCUCUAAUGAUGAUGCUGAGAGUUUGCAAGAUGCGCUUCGUGUUGAAUGGUGCAAGGCCAGGGCACAUCAAAACCAUUGGUCCGAGGAAGUGCAAUGGUGGGAGGACUGUAUCAGUUUGCGAACACUGGCUAGGUUGGAGGAGACUGAGGGCUUAAUUGCAUAUGUGAAGUGGCAAGCAUUUAUUCGACGCAGGCUGUCAGCAUCAUUCAGAGAGAAGUGGAAGGAUGUUCCAGCAUUGGUGGCCACUGGGAUGGGUAUCGAUUUGACGGGCAACGACGAGGAUAAACAUCUGUGCCUUGACAUCCCUCCUCAAGAAGAUUUAGUACACGAUGAUCAUUAUUAA